AGGAGAAGAAAGUUACAAAGAACAAAUAAAGAACACGAAAGUAUAAAUACCAACGAAGAAAACGACAUAGAAGGACUCAAGAGGAGACCGAGAGAGGGAGGAACGAAAGAGAGAAAAAGAAAGAGGAGAAGGAAGAAUAAAGAAAAUGGCAUCUGGAAUUAUCUUUUCCUUGGCCCUCUACUUGGGUCUUUUCACACUAAGAGGUCGGUGUCUCCGCAUGUCCGGGGUAUGGGUGCCCCCCGUAGCCAUCUCGGGCACAGAGGUCAAGUUCACGUGCCACUACGAGACGAGUCCUUCGCUCAAUGACACCCUGUACUCGCUCAAGUGGUACCGAGGGCACGACCAGUUCUACGAAUACAUACCCAGAAAUAUCCCGCCGAUGAAAGUCUACGAGAGCGCCCACGUUCAUGUCGAUAAAUCCCAGAGCGACGCAAACACCGUGGUUCUGAAGGGAGUUACGCGCGAAACUUCAGGGAGCUUUCAGUGUGAGGUCGUGGGUGACAAACCCCUUUUCGAGACGGAUAACUACACGAAGAAUAUGACGGUUGUCGACAUACCGCCCUGGGGCCCAAGGCUCACCCACAGACCCCUGAGCUCGAAGGUGGGCGUGCAGGACAUCAUCCAAGCCCGGUGCGAGGUAGGCCCCUCCGACCCGCCCACGGAGAUCACGUGGACCAUCAACCGCGCGCCCGCACCGCCCUACGCCCGCGUCAAGACCUUCAGGAACGAGAAUCGAGUCCACGUGUCGCCGGAUGUACUGUCUCUGGCAUCCUCGGGUACUGCAUCAGCCACAUUGGAAACCGCUGUGUUGACCCUGUGUGGUGAGAGGCCAUGGACUGCGAUUUUAGUUUAA